AUGAGUGAAAAACGUGAACACGAAGACAGUAAUACAGAAGAUGGUUGGAUUGGACCGUUACCUUCAGAAGCUGCACCACAAAAAAAGCAACGAGUUUUACAGUAUGAACAAGUUUACAUAGAUAACUUGCCAUGCUGUGAAUGUUAUGAGAAAUCUUAUAUGCAUAGGGAUGUCAUUACUCAUAUUUUAGUGACAAAGUCAAAUUUUGUGAUAACUGCCAGUUGCGAUGGACAUAUAAAAUUUUGGAAGAAGCAAGAGGAAUUGAUAGAAUUUGUGAAACACUUUCGAGCACAUUUAAUGGCAAUACAAUCAAUGUCUGCUAGCUGCAAUGGUGUUCAUGUUUGUUCAGUCAGCAUAGAUAAAACUAUGAAAAUAUUUGAUGUCAUUAAUUUUGAUAUGAUAAAUAUGAUAAAAUUGGACUUUGUACCACUUUGUGCUGAAUGGGUUUAUUCAGCUAGAGAUGCUAUAUCUGCAGUAGCAGUGUCUUCUCAAGAAUCAAAUAAAAUAUAUAUUUAUGAUGGCCAAGGAACAAAUAUACCUCUACAUAUAUUUGAAAAGCUGCAUAUCAAAUCCGUUGUUAUUAUGAAAUAUAAUCCUGUAUAUGAAACAUGUAUCUCCGUCGAUAGAGCAGGAAUAUUAGAAUAUUGGACGGGUCCGAAAAUGGAAUAUAAGUUUCCUAAGUGUAUAUCAUUUAAGUCAAAGUUAGAUACUGACCUGUUUGAGUUCGCCAAAAAUAAAACUUAUCCGUGCGGCUUAGCAAUAUCACCUGAUGGCAAACGAUUUGCAUCUCUUAGUGGAGACAGAAAAGUUAGAAUUUUUAAUUUUCGAACAGGAAAAUUAUAUAGGAUAUUUGAUGAAACGUUGCAGAGAUUUAGCGAAUUACAACAAACUGUACAGCAACUUCCAAACAUGGAGUUUGGACGUAGAAUGGCAGUCGAGAGAGAAUUGGAUAAAACCGAAACAAAUUUGGGAAAUAUUAUUUUCGACGAGUCUGGUUAUAUUAUUUUAUAUCCUACAAUGCUAGGUGUCAAAAUGGUAAAUCUUUACACAAAUCGUUGUAUUAAAAUUCUGGGAAAGCCGGAGAAUAUACGAUCAAUGCAGUUAGCAUUAUUCCAGGGAAAAGCAAGAAAAACUACUGCGGCAGUAACCGUUGAGAUGGAAGCUUCUGAAAAUCCCACGAUGGAAAUGAAUCGGCCGGAUCCGACAUUGUUUUGUACAGCUCACAAGAAAAAUCGGUUCUACAUGUUUACGAGACGAGAACCGGAAGACACAAAGAGUCAAGAAUGCGAUCGUGAUGUAUUCAAUGAGAAACCUUCUAAGGAAGAUAUAAUAUCUUCCACGGAGGCUACUAAUAUGCAAAAGAUAUAUGAUACGGCGAUUAUUCAUACGGCACUCGGCGACAUCCACGUGAAUCUCUUCGGGAAAGAUGUCCCCAGGACGGUGGAAAAUUUCUGUGUGCAUGCGAAGAAUGGUUAUUUUAAUGGCCACAUAUUUCAUAGAGUUAUUAAAGGUUUCAUGAUACAGACGGGCGAUCCCACUGGGACUGGUACUGGUGGUGAAAGCAUAUGGGGAGGCGAGUUUGAGGAUGAAUUUAAGCCGAAUCUAAAACAUGACAGACCGUAUACUCUGAGUAUGGCAAAUGCAGGACCAAAUACAAAUGGUAGCCAAUUUUUCAUUACAUUGACACCGACACCCUGGUUAGAUAAUAAACAUACUGUAUUUGGUCGAGUCCAUAAAGGAAUGGAGGUGGUACAAAAUAUUAGCCAAGUGAAGACAAAUCCAAAAACUGAUAAACCUUAUGAUGAUAUACGAAUAGUUAGCGUAACUGUUAAAUAAUUUUAUAUAAUAAAAAAUACACAUUUGUAUAAAAAAUA